UUUUUCUCCGUUUACACAGUAAACUUGAUAAUUCCUUAACAAAAUCAUGGUGCGUGUAGAGUAUUAUACAUGCUGUCUAGUUCAUAAGUAAACCCACUCUGUUAUAUGCCAGAAAAAAAAUGUUGGAGGAAAAUACAACAAACGAACGAAAAUGGCUGAAGAAGUAGGCGGAAGUUCUGUCUCAGCGUCUGCAGAACAAGAUUUGAUCAGUUUUGAUAUUAAUGAGUUGGAUGAUGCAGAGUUUGAUUUGCCAGCCGUUGAGACUCCGCCUACAUUGGAAAGUAUUCUUAAUGAGCCGGACGAGUCGUCGUCUAUCCUGGACGAGGAGGAGAUUCCUAACGCCGCUCUGCAGCUGCUGAAAACUGACUCUGGGGAGACAUCGUCCCUCUCCAGUCAGGACAGUCUGCUGAACCCAGACAAACCGAGACGGAAAGAGAAGAAAAAGGUUCCUAGAGCCAUCCAUGGCUCUGUAUUGAGACCGAGCAAGCUGAAGAAUAUAUCAUCACAGAUUUUAUCAGCUGCAGAUAAGGUUGAUGCAGGAAUGCCAACAGCAAUAGAAGUUUCUAACCUCAUAGCCAUCGGCACUUCGCACGGGCUGGUUCUCGUGUUUGAUCCGAAGCAGAUAUUGAAGUGGUGUCUGGGCAGUACCGUGGUGGGAACACAGUAUGGGGCGGUGUCAUCGCUGAGCUUCAACAAAGAUUGUACUCGUCUUCUUUGUGGAUUUGCAAAAGGCCAGAUUACCAUGUGGGAUCUGACCACCGGCAAGUUGCUAAGAACCAUCAACGACGCACACCCACAGGGAACAGCCGUUUUACAUAUCAAGUUUACAGACAGCUUCGUUCUUGCCGCAUGCAGUGAUAGCGGGGGUUCUGUGUUCGAGCUGGAGUUCAAGCGACUGAUUGGAGUGAGAACCUGCGAGUCCCAGUGUCUGUUUUCCGGCAGUCGAGGCGAGGUGUGCGUGAUCGAACCUCUGCACAUGAAUCUGACAAUCAAAGACCACCCCAUGCAGGACGUAUUGGUGCUCGCUAUGGCUUCACUGUCCAAGGUUUUGUUGGUGACCUUGAGACCGUCUCUGAAAGUGAUGUUCACCCACCCUUUAAAGGGUGAUCCUGCGACACUUCCUCUGUUAGCGUGGCAGUUCGUCAUUAUCCAGGUGUCGGAGCGAGACCGAGUGAUCGACCCCGUUCUUGUGUUCGCCAGAGAUCAGACUAUCCACUUCUACCAGGUGAUAUGCCAUGGAGCGCAGGACAUCAAGUGUUCUGGUCUACAGAAGAUCGAAGUUCCCUACAAACUGCUCAGCAUCACGUGGACGAAUCCCAGGACGAUCGUUACGCUGGACACGUCGGAAAAACUCCACGUCAUUGACGUGCGGUCGGAGGAGGAACUCGAGAUGAUUGACAUCUCUGAUGUUCAGCUGGUUUACGGGACAAGCUACUUCAAGUCACUGGCGACUGGGGGCAACGUCAGCCAGGCACUCGCUUUUGCUGGAGAGCGUGCUUGUUACCAGUCUAUUGUGAGCCAUGGGGGACAACUGUUCCUGUUAGGAACGAAAACGGUGCAUGUUUUCACACUGAGGACCUGGAAGGAGAGAAUCGACGUGCUGAUCAAACAGAACCGCUACCAAGACGCCCUGGCUCUUGGUCUGUCAUUCUACGAGAACAAGGCUAAAGCUGUCGUCGGGCUCACCGGAUCACAGCGCAUGAGGAAGGAGAUUGUCGCAAACCUGAUUUUAGAUCUUCUCUUCGACUAUGUUGACUUAUCCAUGACGAAGCUGUGUCCGGAGAAAGGGCGAAUAGAGGAGCUGGAAGAAUAUUACAUGGAAAUUGUUCCUGUAUGUGUUGACUACUGCCUUUUGCUGGACAGAAUAGACAUUCUGUUUGGGCGGAUAUACGAACGGUUUGGUGAUGACGUCAUCGCCAAGGGAACGUUCCUGGAGUGUCUGGAGCCGUACAUCAUUAGUGAUAAACUGAUCUCAAUCCCGCCGUCGGUGAUGAAGGAUUUCGUCGACCACUACGAAACGAGAGAGAUGCUCGAUAACGUCGAGGCGUGCAUUGUUCAUCUGAACAUCACCAGUCUCGAUAUCAACCAGGUAGUCCACCUGUGUUGGAACCACGCGCUGUACGAUGCUAUCAUCUAUGUGUACAACAAGGGUCUGCACGACUACACGACUCCGCUAGAAGAGCUACUCUUACUGCUGAGACAAGCCGUCAGCACCGGCAAACAACUCACAGAUGGACAGAUUAAGCUUGGAAACAAACUACUGGUUUACAUUAGCUGCUGCCUGGCGGGUCGAGCGUAUCCGAUGGGAGACGUUCCCGAGGAGUACGUGCAGGAUGUAAAAGACAAGGUUUUUGAGUGUAUUACUUGUCUUCACUCCAAAAAAGUAGGUGCAGGUGACAUCACGUACUCCAAUCUGCGCACUCUGCUUCAGUUUGACACAAGAGAAUUCCUCAAUGUUCUUGCCUUGGCGUUUGAAGAAGAAGAAUUCAACACUGAGCAAGGAAUCAAAAAGAGACAGCGAGUUGUGGACAUUCUUCUACAGAUAAUGGUGGAGAGUAUCGGCUUUACUCCGACUCAAGUGGGUAUUCUCUUCACGUUCCUCGCAAGACAAAUGGCUCGGCAUGAAAACACCAUUAUCGUCAACCGUGUUUUGUUCGGACAGGUUCUGGAGUUUUUGUCUAACCCGGAAGAUGAGUCGCGUCAUGAAGAGCGUCAACAGGCUCUGAUGGAGUUGAUUCACGCCGGCGGACUUCAACAGUUUGACGAGGAGAGAUUGCUUCACCUCGCAGAGAAUGCCAAAUUUUUCCGAAUCUGUGAGUUCCUGUACGAGAAGCGGCGAGAGUACGACAAGAUUCUCAGCUGUUACCUGCGCGACUUGUCGAGACGUUAUCAUGCAUUUAGCUACAUUAACAGCAUCGUGCAGAGCGACCGCUACAACGAGGAGGAAAAGAACUGUGUACGAAGAGAAGCACUGAAAAAUCUCGAGGAUCUGGUAUCAAUCGACUGUAAACAAGCUGCACAGACCGUCAUCACCAGUCUGGCUAACAGUUUGAAUGAGGUGGUGCAGAAAUUAGAGAAGAAACCUGUAGUGUUGUUCGAGUUCCUCACUGGCGUCAUUUCAUACAGGGACUCUGUCAGCAGUGCCGUGAACCUGGACAAACAAAUCGGGAUCGAACCGAGGAUUGUGGAGCUAUACAUCUCUCUGAUGUGUGAACACCAGCAACAUGAAGUCUACAACUUCAUUAAGAUGAACGAGGGUUACAGACUGGAGCAGACUCUCGAGAUUUGUCGUAAACACAAGAUGUCGGAGGCUACAGCGUAUCUGCUGGAGAAAGCCGGGGACAUCCAGGGAGCCUUUGGAAUUGUUAUUGAGAAUCUACAGAGUAAGAUGAAGUUGCUGGUGGAGGUGUUACAAGCCGGGGAAUCCGCGACUCGGGACCCGACUGUUCUGUUUCAUGAAGUGGAGACUGUGUUACUUGUCAUCAUUCAGCUGUGUCAGAGAAACUCGGGCAAGAUGGAUGAAGCCGGGAGAGAGUCUCUGUGGUUUCCUCUCUUGGAAUGCAUCAUGUCUCCUCAGAGGAAGCUGAAGGACAUCACUGACAAACAGUUUCUUGAUGACUUCAAGGAAAUGACUCACCAUGUUUUGAACAGCAUGAUGGGAUACAUUGCACCUCCAGCCAUCUUGCAGAAGAUAAUGCAGGACCCUGCCUACAACACAGGCAAGUUUGGAGAAAUUAAGGAACUUAUUAUAGGCAUGCUGGAGAACUACAACUAUGAACAGACGUUAAUGAAGACCUGUAAGAACCUUCUGAACCAUGAUCUUCAUGUCCACCUUCGCAGUCUGACCGGCGCUGCAAGCCGGAGCUUCGUUCCAAGGGGAGACCACUGCAAUCUGUGUAACCGAGGCUUUACCAGUCUGUCGGAUACAGAUGUAGUCGUUGUGUUCAGAUGUAGUCAUAGUUACCAUGUGCCGUGUCUGCGUGCCCUCGGCUCGGUUCACAUGAUCGACGGUGAUGAGAUGUUGGUCUGCUAUCUGUGCUGUAAUGCCAAGCGGACCGGUCAGCUACACAGCUCGCGGUUCCACCGGUCUCUGUCCAACCCAGCUCAAGCCGUCCUGCAGAACAAACUGGACAAAACUAAGUCUAAUGAGAAAAGCUUAAAUCCACAGCAUGUCCAGGCAUUUGAGAAUGUUCGGAAGGCAAUGAAAACUCCAUCACGGCUUGCGAUCCUAACGGAGCUGGCCAAACUUGAGCAGGUGAGAGGGCCGCGCCAAUCGCGGUCAGGAACAAUCUUCCAGCACGAGAACUUCACUCUCAAACUCGCUCCACCCAUUCCCAUGGAGUUGUGACACCCCGUCGUCUAAUAGUCAACUUUCAUAAUGGAGUUGUGACACCUGUCGUCUAAUAGUCAACUUUCAUAAUGGAGUUGUGACACCUGUUAUCUAAUAGUCAACUUUCAUAAUGGAGUUGUGACACCUGUCGUCUAAUAGUCAACUUUCAUAAUGGAGUUGUGACACCUGUCGUCUAAUAGUCAACUUUCAUAAUGGAGUUGUGACACCUGUUAUCUAAUGGUCAACUUUCAUAAUGGAGUUGUGACACCUGUUAUCUAAUGGUCAACUUUCAUAAUGGAGUUGUGACACCUGUUAUCUAAUAGUCAACUGUCCAAAUGGUGUUUAACACUUUUAACACCGAUCAUUUAAUCCAGAGUUUUAGCUGAAUGCCCCUCUCCCCCUCUCCCACCUCCUCUCCCUCCUCCUCUCCCUCCCCUCAAAAACAAUUAUCAGCAAUUUGGUAAGAAAACCUGUUGCCAAAUUAAAUUUUCAGUUAGCCUAACAAAAUAAAACAAAAUUUAACUCUGUUAAGAAAAUUAUUUUAUUUACAAAUUAACCUUUUGAUGAAUUAAUAGUAAAAUAUAUUCACAUCUUCAACUUUAAUUCACAUUUGGUGAAAAACUUUAAUAGAUUCAUGAUAAGACUUUCGACACCCAUUGUCUUCUAGUGAACGGAUAUAAUCAGUGUUUCUGCCAGAAAGAAAUUUUUUGGAAUGGCACUAUGGAAUUGAAUGCAACCACAGUCAACGGGGGAUAUGGGGGACCUCCCCCAGAAAGAAAAUGGAUCAAGUUUAGAGUUAGGGUUAAGAAAAUCAUACAGUAAUGAUGAGAGUAAUUAAUUUUGUUAAAAAGUCAAUAUAAUAAAAUAAAAUUAUAGGUAUGGCGUUAUACCCGUUUUACCCUGUGGCAGAAACCCUGAUAAUGUAGUCAUGACAUUAGUCUUCUGAUAUUCAACUGUGUCAGUGAUGUAAUAAUUAUUUUUAAAUAAGGGAACACAUCAAAUGUAGAUCAAAUUGAAUUCACUACUAGCGUAGUAAUGUCUGUAUUUCAUACAAAGUUGUAAUGUGGGAUUGAAUGUAUGUAGUGUUGAAUGUGCUGCCAAUAUGUUCCCAGUCAACUUCUGAUAUUAUGAAUUGAUUUUUGAUGCAGUCAUUAUUUGUUGUUGCUAUCUGUGUGAUCCUUUAUUUCUUUCCAUGAGUGUAUUCAACUGUCACAUUGAAGUUAUGACAAAAUGCCGUCUUCUAAUACUGAACUUCCAUAAUGCAGUUGUGACACCAUUUUCACAAUAUUCAACUGGAAUAACAACUUCAGUAAAUAAAUAUUCAACCAUUGGAGUAGUGACACCAGUUUUCAGAUAUUCAUCAUUCCUAUGGAGUUAUGACAAUGUCAUUUAAAUAUUCAACUGUCACAUUGGAGUAGUGACACCAGUUUUCAGAUAUUCAACAUUUCUAUGGAGUUAUGACAAUGUCAUUUAAAUAUUUAACUCUCACAUUGGAGUAGUGACACGGUGUUUGUCACCUCACAGGAGCAGAUUAAUAAAUGAACGGAGGGGUGUCACCUCACAGGAGCAGAUUAAUAAAUGAACAGAGGGGUGUCACCUCACAGGAGCAGAUUAAUAAAUGAACGGAGGGGUGUCACCUCACAGGAGCAGAUUAAUAAAUGAACGGAGGGGUGUCACCUCACAGGAGCAGAUUAAUAAAUGAACAGAGGGGUGUCACCUCACAGGAGCAGAUUAAUAAAUGAACGGAGGGGUGCUAGUCCACAGGAAGG